UUGAGUUCCUUCUAGUCAUUGACCAGUGGUGUAUUCCACUAGUGGCCUUGCCCUAGAUACCAAACUAACUCUGUAUCUAAGGAAUCCGAUCACGUUAAUUAAUGUGUUUAGCUGUAAACAGAACUUUUCAGAGAUUCUCUGAUCAAUAUUCCAUUUUAGUGAAUCAAGUUUUACAUAUGCAGAACGAAAUGUUGCAGAUAUCUCCAAAGACAUCCUCUUUGUGAACAGUGGACACCUCUCAAACAUGGUCUUUGUUGUAUACACAGGGACUAGUUCAGAGUCGGCUCACAAUCAGCUCUGUUUAAAUAUGUUGGAGAAUUCAGUCCUCCAUCUGAGUUCAUAAGGUAGAGGAAAUGGCUUGUACUUACAGUUGGUGUGACUCGCAUAUCAGAAGGUAAAGACCAUAAACUCCUGUAUCUACCAACACAACAGGACUCUAGCAACACAGCCUACAGUAAGAGUAGAAAGUCUAGCCUUCCAGUAACCAAACUGCAAUAGUCCCAAGUAGAGUACACACUCAAACUUACUUUGGUGUAGCAUAAGGCUUUUGAGAGGAUACUUGACGAGAGAAAUGGACAAGGAUUUCAAACUCCUACUGAGCCUGACCCUGGGCAUGUGGAUGAUACGAGGUAAGACCACUACAUCCAGACUGUCCUCUGUCAAAGUGUUUUCUUUACACUGUACUUUCGAGCUGCUCAUUUUGAAUAGGUUUUGUAUGACUUUUCCUGGGUCAUGUUCAUUAAGGCACACCGUAGUAAAGCGUUUUGCAAUGAAAAACAAACAAGCAUUUUUUUUUUUUUUGACACUUUCAGAAUCAGACAUCACAUCCUUGUUUUAAAUUUUAUUUAGUGCCAUUUUAUUCUGUUUGGUGCCUACUGACCACUGCCUCGGUCUCAUUAACUGGUGUUCAUUUCCUCUGCGGAUGCUUUCAGGCUCGGCUCCAGAGGUUUCGUUGAUAGGCCUGCCAGGCACAGCUAGACUGGCAGAGAACAGCAAGGCUGGCACUGUGACCUACAGCUUCCAGGUGGCUCUGUCCCCGGGUGCCAGCUUGGCAUCAGGAUACCCCAGGAUACUCAACUCUGAUCCCCUCACCAACCAAUUCACUGUGUCUAUGAUCAACACUAACAAAGCACAGGUGACAGUAACAGGUACCACCAACUUGGAUUUUGAGACGUCACCCAACAGCUUUGUCCUUCAAAUCCUCGCUGUGGACAGUACGAAGGACCUGGCUCUCCAGAGACUCACAGUGAUCCUAACUGAUGUCAACGAACCCCCUGUAUUCCUAGAUGAAGAGUCUGUCCUGUAUGUUCUGGAGAAAUCCCCACCAGGACAGAUCUACAGGCCAACAGUCUCUGAUCCGGAGAACCAGCCUGUGACUUUUACACUGACCCCGUCAAACACAGAGUUUCAUAUUGACGUUGGCUCAGGAUUCCUGACUACAACUAAACAGUUCAACUACCUGACUGACCCCAGAAGCUAUGCCUUCAACCUGACAGUGAGUGAUGGAAACAACAGCGUAUCCAGAACACUGGUCAUCAACAUCGUCAACAGGAACGAUGAUAAACCUCAGUUCCUAAAUACAAUCACAGACUUCACAGUCUCUGAGGAGCUGAGUCCAGGGUUUAUCGUGACCAACAUCACAGCAGUGGUGCCCGGUGACUCCUUGUACGUCAUCUACAGCAUCGGCACCAACAACUACCUGGCUAUACACAGAUACAAUGGCCUGGUGACUAUAGCCAACAGGAUGGACCGUGACUCAGCUCCUCUCAGGGAGGACCCCGUAAUAACGGUCCUUGUGACAGCCACCUCCAGCCCCUCUGCUCCUCCCUCCAACACCAUCACCCUGACCAACACCAUCACUCUGACCAUCACCGUCACGGACAUUAACGACAACCCUCCCAUCUGCUCCCCAGAUGCACAGAGGGUGGCAGUGUCUGAGACGGAAAAACCUGGGGCCCUGAUCACCACGGUAACGUGUACAGAUAAUGACGUUGAGAAGGCCUUCAGAGAGUUCCUGUUCACUGGCCUGUCCUGUCUGGGCUGCGCUAACCGCUUUGCUCUGGAACCCACGGGAUCCAAUCAGAUCGUACUCAAAGGAAACCUAGACCUUGAGGAUCCCAGUAACCUGCUUGAUGGUAAUGAAUACAGCCUGUUGGCUGUGGCUGAGGAUAAGGAUGAGUCCAACCUAAAAGGUAGUGCAUACAUCUAUGUGACGGUGACACCUGUGAAUGAGUUUCCCCCUGUGUUUAGUCCUCCAUCGUAUUUCUACAGAAUCUCUGAGCUUCUUGGACGUGGAACGGUGAUAGGAUCAGUGAAAGCUACGGACAGAGACCUCCCUGCCACCGGCGUCCGUUACUCCCUGAUCUCUGGUGGAGGAACUGGUGGCCUGUCUAACAUCUUCUCCCUGGACCCCAAGCUGGGGAGUCUCGCCCUACUGACCCGGCCAGACUACGAGACCACCCAGACCUACAGCCUGGUCAUCAGAGCUGAGGAUGGGGACCCCAUCAGUCCGCUCAUUGCCACCACUACGGUCACUAUCAACAUCACAGAGGCCAAUGACGAGCCUCCACUGUGUGGCCCCAACCAGACACAUCUAAUAGUCCCCAAGGACCUGAGGACAGGCUCCAACAUCCAGGGCUUCAUCAUGACCUGCUCAGACAGGGACUCCCCUUCAGCCUCCUUCAUCUACUCUAUCUCGGGGGCCAGCAACCUGAACAACCAUUUUGUGUUCUCACCUUCCUCUGGCACCAACGUCACCAGACUCUUCCUGAAGGAGCCCUUUGACUAUGAGAGUGGCCUGGACCGGGUCUGGUACUACAGCCUGACUGUGCUGGUUUCUGAUGGGAACCUGCGGUCUGCAGGGUCUGUGCCGAGAGGUCUGACCCAGACUGGCACAGUCAUCAUCAAUAUCCUAGUAGUGGACCCUGACCUCACCACCGUCACCACUACAACUAUACCUCGUGUAACAUACAUCACCGUCACAGAGAACACGUACAGCAUUGACGACUGGUAUAUAUGGUUUGUCAUUGCUCUGGGGACCAUGCUACUGCUUGGUUUACUCUCAUACCUGCUGUAUCACCUCUGUGGGAAGCUCUACAAGGCUCUUAAGCACAGUGACUGCUCCUGCUGCGUACCCAGGCCCCGGGAAGACCAGGAAGUACUGAUCCCAGAACCAACACCUCCAAAGAGGGAAAUAUUAAUGGAAGUGAUCAAGAUCAACACUGUAUUUGAUGGAGAGGAAGUUGAUCCUGUCACAGGGAGGGUGUACGAGUACAACAGUAAGUCUGGAGCCAGACGCUGGAAGGACGUCACCACUGUGUCUGAGUCUGUCCCUAUGAUACAGCCAGAGAGCAGCAGCAUGGUCAUUCCUCAUGGUCAGCAUGGUCAUUCUGCCCAAUCACAGGCUAGGAGUGGGAGGGCUAGCACUGGCCAAUCAGUGAGGGAGUAGGCAGGGCCACAGAAUCUCCCUGGUCCAGUCAGAGCAGAUAAACGUCUGGGCAGUCUGCAAGGGCUGCUCUUUGCAGAAGGAGGCGUAAAGUUAGAUAUGGUACCCAUGACAACUAGGGGAAGGCCCAACAUGUCUGAAGUCGGAGUCCUCACUGACAUAUAAUACAUUACUUGUGUGUUUAGAAAUCUUUCAAAUCAUUAUUAUAGUCAAGCAUGGGAAAAAUGUUUAGCCUUUACAACAGUUGUGUAAACGUUUGUGCAGAUAAUGUACGUGCAGAGAUACUCAAAUACGUUGUACAUUAGUGCAAGCUGGGUCGGGUCAUAAAAUGACCUGGUAACAGGUUUGUAAAUCAAGAUAACAGACAAAUAAAUAUAACCUGUCAACGCUUAUCUAGAUUAAAACUGCUCUGGCGUUGCUAUGUUACACAGACCGUUGCCGUCAUUCACCAAAGUCGAGUGUAACCAACUGUCCUACUGAAGAUACACUAAUCCUGCCACCCUUCUUUCUACCAUAACUGUGUCUUUUGGUCUGUUUUGAAAUGCUCAGAGAGAAAAUAAGUAUUAUCACACAGAAAAUAAUCAAAUAACAUUUUCAUAAUUGCAAAGAAAGUUGCUAUAAUCUACUUUUUCAAUGUUAAAAGACCGGUCCUCCACAGGCCAUCAACUAACAGUUGGGCACUACAGUCAGACCCUUCAUCAUUGGUCAGGCCCUUUUCUUCACGUAUGGAAGUUCUCAGCAGUCGAAUGACACAGUUGUUCUUCAGAUACUCCUGGGAAGAGAAGCAUCCGUGAUCAUUUAAUCAUUUAAUCGCAGGGAUUAGACAAGUAAACAACACCUUCCACAUUGCAGCCGACUUUGAAGUCGAGUCAAGACUGACUGAUCUACAAUAAAUCACCUUGUAUCAUAAA